GUUGCUGGAGGCUGGGGCGGCUCUGGAGCCUUGGGUGAGACCGAGGGUGAGGAGUGAAAGGUGAGCCUCGCUGAGGGAGGGGACGCGGUGCCCGGCGCCCCCAGUCUAUGGAGCGGGCUAAGAUGGCGGAGGCGGAGAGCCUGGAGUCGGCGGCGGAGCACGAGCGGAUCCUGCGAGAGAUCGAGAGCACCGACACGGCCUGCAUCGGGCCCACGCUCAGGUCUGUCUAUGAUGGUGAGGAACAUGGACGAUUCAUGGAGAAGCUUGAAACUCGUAUCCGUAAUCAUGACCGAGAAAUUGAGAAAAUGUGCAACUUUCAUUACCAGGGCUUUGUGGACUCUAUUACUGAACUGCUGAAAGUGAGAGGAGAAGCCCAGAAACUCAAAAACCAAGUCACAGACACCAAUAGAAAACUGCAACAAGAAGGAAAAGAACUGGUGAUAGCAAUGGAAGAGCUGAAGCAGUGUCGACUACAACAAAGAAAUAUUUCUGCCACUGUUGAUAAAUUAAUGCUGUGUCUUCCAGUCCUAGAGAUGUACAGCAAAUUGAGGGACCAGAUGAAAACUAAAAGGCAUUAUCCUGCACUGAAAACUCUGGAACACCUAGAGCAUACCUAUCUGCCUCAAGUAAGCCAUUAUCGAUUCUGCAAGGUGAUGGUGGACAACAUCCCCAAGCUUCGAGAAGAAAUAAAAGAUGUUUCUAUGUCUGAUCUCAAAGAUUUCCUGGAGAGCAUCCGCAAACAUUCAGACAAAAUCGGAGAGACAGCCAUGAAGCAAGCUCAACAGCAAAGAAACCUGGAUAAUAUCGUCUUGCAACAGCCAAGAAUAGGUAGCAAGAGAAAAUCUAAGAAAGAUGCGUACACAAUCUUUGAUACAGAGAUGGAAAGCACUAGCCCCAAGUCUGAACAGGAUUCAGGAAUUCUGGAUGUUGAAGAUGAGGAAGAUGAUGAAGAGGUACCUGGUGCCCAAGAUUUGGUGGAUUUCUCUCCUGUUUAUCGAUGUCUACACAUAUAUUCUGUCCUGGGUGCCAGGGAAACAUUUGAGAACUACUACCGAAAACAGAGACGAAAACAGGCCAGAUUGGUGCUCCAGCCCCCGUCAAACAUGCAUGAAACUUUAGAUGGCUACAGGAAGUAUUUUAAUCAAAUUGUAGGCUUUUUUGUGGUUGAAGAUCACAUUUUACAUACAACACAAGGCUUAGUAAAUAGAGCCUACAUUGAUGAAUUAUGGGAAAUGGCACUUUCAAAAACCAUUGCAGCACUCCGUACCCACUCGUCUUACUGCUCUGAUCCAAACCUUGUGUUAGAUUUGAAGAAUCUCAUUGUGCUUUUUGCAGAUACACUCCAGGUAUAUGGUUUUCCUGUAAAUCAGCUUUUUGACAUGCUGUUAGAAGUCAGAGACCAGUAUAGUGAAACUCUGCUGAAGAAGUGGGCAGGCAUUUUCAGAAACAUACUUGAUUCUGACAACUAUAGUCCCAUCCCAGUAACAAGUGAAGACACGUAUAAAAAGGUGGUAGGACAAUUCCCGUUCCAAGAUACAGAGCUGGAAAAGCAACCGUUCCCAAAAAAGUUUCCUUUCUCUGAGUUUGUGCCAAAAGUUUACAAUGAAAUUAAAGAAUUUAUCUACGCCUGUCUGAAGUUUUCAGAAGAUCUUCAUCUAAGCUCCACUGAAGUUGAUGACAUGAUUCGUAAAUCUACAAACCUGUUGCUUACUAGGACUCUGAGCAACUCUCUGCAGAAUGUCAUUAAAAGGAAGAACAUUGGGCUUACUGAGCUUGUUCAGAUUAUUAUCAAUACAACACAUUUGGAGAAAUCCUGUAAGUAUUUGGAAGAAUUCAUCACCAACAUCACUAAUGUGCUUCCAGAGACAGUCCAUACCACUAAGCUCUAUGGUACCACAACUUUUAAGGAUGCUAGACAUGCAGCUGAAGAAGAAAUUUAUACAAAUUUAAACCAGAAGAUUGACCAGUUUCUACAGCUGGCAGACUAUGACUGGAUGACAGGAGAUUUAGACAACAAAGCUAGUGACUACCUGAUAGACCUCAUUGCCUUUCUGAGAAGCACCUUUGCUGUAUUCACACACCUUCCCGGAAAGGUGGCUCAGACAGCAUGUAUGUCAGCUUGCAAGCAUUUAGCCACAUCUUUGAUGCAACUUUUGCUGGAGGCUGAAGUAAGGCAGCUCACCUUAGGAGCUUUACAGCAGUUCAACCUGGAUGUCAGAGAAUGUGAACAGUUUGCCAGAUCCGGCCCGGUGCCUGGGUUCCAGGAGGACACGCUGCAGUUGGCCUUCAUCGACUUGAGACAACUUUUGGAUCUCUUCAUCCAGUGGGACUGGUCGACCUACCUUGCUGAUUAUGGCCAGCCCAACUGCAAGUACCUACGGGUAAAUCCUGUAACAGCUCUGACACUGCUUGAAAAGAUGAAGGAUACUAGCCGCAAGAACAAUAUGUUUGCACAGUUUCGGAAAAAUGAGCGAGACAAGCAGAAAUUGAUUGACACUGUGGCCAAGCAGCUUCGAGGACUCAUCAGCAGCCACCAUUCGUGAAGGCUGGCCUCAGCCUACAGGGGCUAUUUCCUGCAGCUCCACAGUCUAGGAUCCAGCUCAAGCUGGCACUGCAUUUGUGCUUUCUUCUUCAAAGAGAACAUAUGUAUUUUUUUAUUAACCCUGUACAGUAUUCACAUAAUCUUUCCCUAGUGAAAGAGACAUAAGGAUAAGCAAGUACAUAUGAUGUUGCUAGGUGGGGACUCAGAAGGUUAUUGCUACACUGUCUGUAUUAUCCUAGAAAAGAAGUGGUAUCAUUCCAGAUGUGAUGAACCACCUCUCUUCCAUAGCUCUACAGUUUAGUACUGAAGCCCAGGAACUAUCCAGGGUGCUUUUUCUGGGAGGUAAGGUGAGUAACCAAAAAGUAAUAAAAUACAUCCUGUUCACUCCUACAUGCCCUUUUCCACAUAGAUAAGGCUGGUCCAUCCUGAUACAAGGGAAGAGCCUAUCAGACAUUACUUAGUACACCAAAGAUAGUUCUGGAUGUCCAUCUCUCAAUCUGCUGAUUUUCAUUGACUAGCACACAAGCAUAGCUUGUGGCAAGGUGACAGCUUCACUUCAGUUCCCCAAGGAUGCAGUUUCUUAAGCUCUGAUUAUGACCCAGGAGUUUUACUCUUUAGUUUUCUAUGGAAGGAUAAACAACUAUACCACUGGAUCCCAGGAUUCACUGCACAUUGCCCUCACAUUGGCAAUGUUGGGCUCAGCCUAGGGUAUUUUGCUGGAUCUUAAAAGAGAACAAUUUGAAUUACAGCCCCAGACCCUUUUCCUCUUUAUCUUAUUCCCUUCUGUGAUGGUCAGAGCACUUGGUUCAGAAUGUAGCUCAACAGUCAUUUCUGUAGGUCCUCACAGAGAGAGGCAUAGCUUGUUUCUUCAAGCAGCCAGAUCUUAAAAGCCUGGAAAUAGCCCUCCCUUUAUCCUUACAGAAAACCCAAUGAUUACUUGGAAUGUUCAUUUGUGUUUAAAACAACUUUCUGGCCAACAUGUUUAAGGGGAAUGUCCCCAGAUCUGCACUGUGGAGGCAGCCGUGGCUAGAGUAAGGAUAAAGCCACUGCCACCAACUAGGGCUAGAGGCAUCUUGCCUCUUGCCCAGUUGAAAUUUUUACUAAAUUCUAUACUAUAUCCAAAGCUAUUUUUAGUCAAGCCCAAGGCUUUUAUUGUUUUCUAAAGUCCAUUCCCAAAGCCACCUUUGGCCUUAUCUGAGAAUAAUUGCCUAUAAUCCUAUCUCCCAAACUCUGGAGCCUAAACCAACUUAUCUUGGAGGCAGUGUCUGUGUUCCCAGAUGGACUCCAGAGCCUUAAGGUAAGGGCUUUGCUAUAAGAUCAGUUAGAGGAACCUACAGUUUCAGACACUUCAAGAAGAUGCUACUACACAUACUGGUAAGGGUGGACUUGUGCAUCACCAUAUAAUGACAAGCCAUGUGGGCAUUUCCACCUUGGAUUAGUGGAAGGAAGUUUCAUCGAUCAGAAUUUUGCACAACUUUUGUCAGCCAUUGAGUCGCUUCUGAGCAAAGUAGUGCUUCCUUUUUCAUUCUCUACCCCCUACCAUUAUCAUAUCAUAUCUUGAAAACCAUGAAAAAGAAAAUAUCCAUGCUGAUGUGCAGCCCUUUUCAAAGCUGGAACAACCAGGCUGCAUCCAAGUUCUGCAAGCCUUUGACACUUAGCUUAUGGGCUAAGCAGUUGGCCCAGGGUUUUAGAACGAUGGUUUGAUAAGCCAAAAGAAGUCAGUGGCCUGUAGGAAUGAGACCUAAGAGAUUCCAAGCCCAUAACUGUAUUGGAAAAGGUGAGAAAUGGUCAUGCUGAUAUGAAGUCCUACUACUUCAGAAGGACCCCAGAUACCCUUCUAUACUAGUACGCAGUUUGUAGUAAGAUCUCUUCAGCUUUGCAUGCUGAGCCUUUGAAUGGAGUGGAGUGAAUUUCAAGCAUGGUGCAGCAUUCAUCUUUCUAGAGAGUCAUUAUUGCUGGUCUACUCACAAACAUCUGCCCUGGAAGACCUGUACUGUAGAGGAAAAGAUGAACAACAUGGAGAAAUAGGGGCUGCUCUACAUCUUUGACAUGAAGUCCUGCUAAAGAAAAGGCUUAUUCAAGCACACAACUCAUAAGGCCUCUUGGUGUACCUCCUCUUACUUCUCCAUUUGCCUUUACUCCUCACUAACAAAACAAACCAACAUGCUGCUUCUGAAGUGUACAUAGAGACUUAUUCUUAGUGACCCAGGAAAGAUGAAAAUAGGGACCAGCAAUGUCAAGGAGUUUUAAAUUGGUGAAGUGAGAGUUUCUUAGUUUUGUCUGCAGGCCUAUACCUGAGCCACCACUUGAAAGGACUUAUGCAAAGCAUGUGUUCAUGCCACUCAGACUCCUCAUAUCUGGCUCACAUGCCAACAUAUGUAUUAGUUCCUGGAGUGUUUAGAAAAGGGCAGAAACGUGUGGUUGGAAGCCUCUUCCUUCUGAUCACUGUGAGCUAUUGCCCAUGUUCUGAAAAACACAGAUCUAUGUUUCUGAAGAGUCUGGUUUGGGACCCUCGUGGGUUUCAGUAGUAAUAUAGACAACUUGAGUAGUUUUAGCACUCACUGUUGUCAGUGGAGAACAAGAAAAACCUGGAAUUAGAACCAGCAGCAUCACUGUUGGCAAAAGCCCCUCAUGGAGUAUUCCUGGUGGUUUCAUUGUACACCAGGCCAGUCUCCCUGUCCCUCAAAGUCAUCUAGCUUUGCUGCAUACUUGACCAGUGCUAGCUUAUCAAGUCCCAGACCCAGGAAAGGAAUGGCAUUGGCCGCAACCUUCCUUGGGUCUCUGAGUACACUCUGAGGGCUGCUUCAGAAAGCCCUCUACUCGAGUCUUCCUUCUCCAAGGACUCUUCUGACUGCUUCAGUUGACUCCUUUCUUCUUUUUUUUUUUUUUAAUUCUUUUGUUUUUCUGUUUUUUUUUCUAUUUACUUCCUUUUUCCUUCUUUCUUUGCUUGCACUUAUAAUGACUUUUCACUAAUGUGUUGGAAAUGGCCUUUUUAUUUUGCACAAGUAGUUACACAUUUAUGGGGAAAUUUUAGUGGUCUGUUUUUAACUCUAAAGGGAACUUCUUUCUCUAAAAUGAUAGUAGAGCUACUGAUGUAAAUGGGCCUGAUGGUUAGGGGAAAGUGCCUCUGUGGAAAGAGCAUGUUCAUUCCCCUUGUACAUUUUCUCUUUUAAUUGCUAUUAAACGAGAGGGCCUACAUACCUGUUUCAAAAGCCA